AUGAAUAAUUAAUCAUCUGAUCGAAAAUUUGUCGAAAUUCUGACUCCAGUUUUAUCAGACUAAGAGGAAGACAAUUAGAAUAACAAACCAUAAUAGCAUCCUUUGUAAUUUUUAUACAUCUCUCCUAAUUUGUAUGUGAAAUUAUGGCCUGAAAUUAAGAAGUAGCUAGCCUUAUUAAAGACAACUUAAAGCAAUAUGACACCUUUUAAUGCUUAAUAAAUCUUGGAAGAAAUUUAUUGUCUGCAUUUUCCAAAUCCUUAACAAAUUAAAUCAAAAAUCAAUUUCAGAAACUUUUAUCUGGCUUUGGAUGGAUUUCCAUAAAAAAAAGAAUUCUUAGCCAAAGUCCCAUAGAUAGCUGAUUUGGCUCUAAAAAUGGAUUCAGAAUUUACGGAUUAUUUAAGUAUGCUCUUAGAGAAAGUGGAAUUAAAAAGAAUUCAAGUGGCAAUAUUAUUGGCGAAUAUGUUUUUAUGUGUUAUGCACUUAUAACCUGAUUUUAAAUUAUUACCUCCAGUUUUCAUAAUGGGAAAAUUAUUCAACAGAUAAAAUGAGGAUAAUGCAUAAAAUAAUACUAAGAUCUAGAAGAUAAGAUGUCUAAUGUACUACUUCCUGCAUGUAUUUUCACCUGAAUUCAAGCCCUAAGAAAGAAUUACCUUUACAAGAAAAAAGCAAAAUUUAACAAUACAUAGUAAUCCCUUAUGCGAAUUUAUAUAUUGCGAAUACGGCUAAAUGGAGAAUGUGUCAGAUUGUUACAUAGUUGACUUUGCAAAUAAGAGGAUAGGAGGUGGAGUACUUAAUCUAGGGUGUGUGCAAGAGGAAAUAUUGUUUCUGACUCAUCCAGAGGCUCUGGCAUCUUUACUAAUAACCACAGAGAUCAGACCAGACGAAUCGAUUAUUAUUGAGAACAUCAAUAGACUUAUAAUGUAUGAUGGCUAUAGAGAUAAAUUUGAAUGCAAAGGAACUGUUAAGUAAAUCCGAAGUGUCAAUCUUAUUUGCAUAGAUGCAGGAGAAUACUCUGGCAGUUACCAUCAGCAAUACAAGGAUUACAAGAGGGAAUUGAUUAAAUCUUAUAGUGGAUUCUAUGGGAUUUCUCGUAUAUGCACAGGCAAAUGGGGUUGUGGAGCGUUUGGAGGUGAAUGGCAAUUAAAAGCUUUGAUUUAAUGGGUUGCUGCAUCUUUAGGAGGAUGCCAAUAAUUGGUGUUCGUCAAUGACGAGUCUUAUCCAUAGAAUUAAGCAUUCAAUUUACUUAAAGUCUUAAAUUCAAAUUAAUUGUGGGAAUAAAUAUAAAAGUAUUGUUAAAAAAAGUCCAAGGAAGAAAUGAGUAAAAUAAAUGCUAUUGAUUUUAUAUUAUCUUAAAAAUAAUUUUGA